GGAGAGAAAUGAGACUGAAAUGGAGUCGGGGGGGAUUAUUGUAACCCCGUUAGAAAACUCGGAGCCCCUCCCUCCCCUGAGACAGGCCCCUUCGUGCCCCAGCGGUGGGUGAAUCUCCCCAGCCCUGAACGGCUGCUGGGGCCCUGUUUGCUCCAUCAGAGCCACCUGCUCUGAAAGGGGGCAGGAUCCUGUUCUCCUGAAGAGCCCCGAGUGUGACCCGCUCACACUGUCUCCUAAUGCACGUGUGCCAGGCAGCCUGAACUACCUGCUCUUGGUGUCGUGUGGGGGGGUUAUAGUGAGAUCAAUCUGCUCAGAUUUUAUUUCUGUUCUGUAUAAAUAGGCUUGGACGAAUUAGAUUUUUUAGGGUAAACGUCACUUUCACCCUAUACACACAAACAGAUGAAAAAGUAUUUCCAUGGAUAAUAAUCAAAAUGACCAGAGAGGCAGAGUCGGGAAAAUGCUGCUUGAGAACUUCUUAAAGUUUGAUUUAAGGAUAGUUACUUGGUAUGUUUUGACACGUGAUGCUGACAGUGUGUGUUUUAUAAAGCUUUAACUUUUUAAUCCCAACAUCUACAGCCAUGAAAUAAUUAUUAUCUGACCCACCCUGUAAUUUCCUGCAACUGUGAACAUUUAAAUCAGUAAAAAUAAAAAGGAACCCCUUAAAAAUAAACAUUGAUAUUAUCCACUGACAUAAUUAAAGAGAGAGAAAAAGAAAUUCUGCCAGGCCUAUAUAUAAAUAUAGCAAUACAAUCACCACUAAUCUAGUCCCUUUACUCUCCAUUAAUAAAAUAUUGCUCUGUAACUUUUCAGAUUUUUUCCUCUUUUUUCCACUUGCCACAUUUUGAUAUGAAAUCCUCUCAAAUUUUGUUCAAUUUCUCUUAUUUAUAGAUUAAUAUAUUAUCUGCUGAUUUAUUUCUCUAAAUACCCACAACUAAGAAAAUUAAUUGACUUCUCCUUUCUAAUGAACUUACACGUGAAUCGUUUCCAUAUUUUCUCUCUCAGUUAUCAAAUAGGGAUAUAAAAUCUUCUCAAAAUUAACCGAUGUUUGCACUCUAAUUUUUGAAUUAUAUAAGAUUUCCUCAAUUUGGGAGGAGAAAUAUUGCCCUGAGUCAUUGAUUUGAUUACAAGAAGAAAUUAUCAGGUACUCUAAAGGCCUCUUGAAUUCUAGUAGAGAAAAGCGUAAGGAGAAAGAAUGGCUGAAAAUGAAAGCCAGAGAAAUACAAAUGGAAAAUUAGGGUGAUUAACUUCUGAAAAAACUAACAAGGGAAGCGGUGGAUUUUCCAUCUCUUAAAUUCAGCACUGGAUGCCUUGGUACAUGUGUUUUAGUCCAACACAAGUGACUGGACUCAGUGCAGGAGUAACCGGAUGAAUUGCGCUGGAUUGUAUCAUACAGGAGGUCAGACUAGUUUUUCUAAAUUCAAUGGUCUCUUCCACUUCUGGCCUUAAAAAUCUGUAACACCACAUGGGGAUUGGGUGGGUGGGAGAUUAAACUCCCCAAUGAUAAACUUUCCCCCUGAUAUCUGCGAAUUAAAGUGUUUCCUCCAUAUUUAAUGAGCCUCCCUCGGCUAAGGGACCAGUGUCUCCCAGAUACUGAUGGGAAAAUCGCCGAGGGCUAGAUGUACCAAGGGAUUUAGGCAUUAUGAGAUCAGCAGAGCAGCACCUUCUGUUCAGAUGCCCUGCCUCCGAGUGGAAUCCACAGCCCUGAGUUAGGUUCCCUAUAUUCUCCCUGGGCAGAGCUAAGCACCUAAAAAUGGGAUCCACAAAACACAGCUUGCUGACCUGGGAGCUAGCCAAUAGGAAAUGCUGAGGAGAGGGGUGGGUCAUAUGCCCCUGCCCCUCAAGUGACAUAGGCAGCUAUCUCUACUUGGUCACUCUCCGCUGUGAACCCUCUCCUGGAGUUUGGCACAAAAGGCUUUGGGGUUUUCCAGGGUACGUCUCAGUCUCUCCCGCUGAAGCUGUUCCACCAUGUAUAAAUGGUUACACAUGUGUCGGGUAAGAGGGAGUGAGACUGACUCCAGCCCUGGGGCAGGGCGCUCACCUGGAUUUUAGGAGACCCAGGUUUCAGGCCCACUCCUCCAAUAUCUAUUUAGAUCUUUCUGUUUGGGCUGACCCAGCCUGUCUCCUUUGCCUACCUUUUCCUAGCAACAUUUAUUGUUAUCCGUGGUUGUAACUGUGUAAGAAUUUUCACUCUCUGUCUGAAAAUGGAGCUCCCCACUGGGGUAGGACUGCCUGAUCCCAGUGACUACAACACAUCCUGCUGGGGGAUAGGAAUCCCGUUCAGAGAGGGGAUUUUCAGGGGGGCUGCUGGUGGGUUUGUGUUAGAAGGGCUGGAGCAGGAAAUACACAGGGCCAGGGAGGUGGUGACAGGAUGGAACAAGCCUGCUGGGAUGUCUUCAGUUUGUGGCAUAAUGUUCAGAACAGGACCUUUUGGGGGAUGGAAUAAAAAUUCCCCCAUUUCUGGAACGGGAAAGAAACCAACAGGGCUGGGAAAAUUGAUUGGACUUUCAGUGCUGGAGCCUGAACCCACUAGACAGAGGUUGCUCUGAAAUACAAAGGGGGCACCCAGGGGUGAGGUCCCGGGGAGGUGCCCUGUCCCCUCACCCCCAGCUGCUGGGAAUAGGGAGGGGGUUGGGAUUCCUGUCCCUGGACCCUGCUGAGGGGCUCCAUCUCCUGUAUCAGCCUCUGGCUAGCAGGUGUGUGAUAAAUGGGAAGGCCCCUGCCCUCCUCCAUCGGCUGGGAGGGACAAGGAGCUCUCUCUUUCUCCACACAUGGAGCCUCCUGAUUGCUCUGAGCAGGGUGCGGGUGGGAUUCUAUAUCUCUGGUGCUUGUUGUUUCAGGAGCCGGUGACCUUCGAGGAGGUGGCUGUGUAUUUCACCCAGGGGCAGGGGCCUCUGCUGGACCCCGGUCCAAGAGCCCUCUACAGGGACGUCAUGCAGGAGAACUAUGAGAUGGUGACCUCGCUGGGGGGUGCUGGGAUGGUGAGUGAGAAUGAGGAGGAGAAUCCACAGCGGGAAGGUGGUGAGGACAUGGGUCUGCAGGGAACAGUAUUGAGGAGAUCCGAGGGGAAUUUUUACCAGAAUCAUAAACCAGGAAAAACCUGCAAAAACCAGCGCAGGUCAGAGAGGCUGCUGGGAUACGACCCAGGGAAGAAAACGUGUGAACCCAUAAAUCAUGGUGGAGAUUGCGAGGACCUCAAAGAAACCACAGCCCAGCGGAGAAUCCCUCCAGAAGAGAGAAAAAACACAUGCACUGAGUGUGGGAAAAGCUUUAUGCGGAGGUCACAUCUUAUUUCCCAUCAGAGGAUCCACACUGGAGAGAAACCUUAUAAGUGCCUUGUCUGUGCGAAAGGUUUCAAUCAGACCGCAAAUCUUAUUUCACAUCAGAGGAUCCACACAGGGGAGAAACCCUAUAAAUGUCUUGACUGUGGGAAAGGUUUCAAUCAGGGUUCGCAUCUUAUUAGGCAUGAGAGAACCCACACAGGUGAGCAACCUUAUAAAUGUCUUGACUGUGGGAAAGGUUUCAUUCAGAGCUCACAUCUUAUUAGGCAUGAGAGAACCCACACGGGUGAGAAACCGUAUAAAUGCCUGGACUGUGGGAAAAGCUUUGUUCUGAGCUCAGAUCUUAUUUCACAUCAGAGUAGCCACACGGGAGAAAAACCCUAUAAAUGCUUGCACUGUGGGGAAAGUUUUGAUUGGAACAUGCAGCUUGUUAGACAUCAGAAGCACCACACGGGAGAGAAACCCUACAAAUGCCUGGAUUGUGGGAAAGCAUUUAGUGACAGUUCUGCCCUUAUUAUUCAUCAGAGAGUCCACACAGGAGAGAAACCCUUUAAAUGCCUUGACUGUGGGAGAAGAUUCAAUCGGAGCGCACACCUUACUAGGCACAAGAGAACCCACACGGGAGAUAAACCCUAUAAGUGUCCAGACUGUGGGAAAAGCUUCAAUCAGAGUGCGUACCUCAUUUCACAUCAGAGAACUCACACAGGAGAGAAACCCUAUAAAUGCCUUGAGUGCGGGAAAAAAUUCAGCUGGAGUUCCAAUCUGAUUUCACAUCAAAGAACUCACACAGGAGAGAGACCAUAUAAGUGCCUGGACUGUGGGAAAAGGUUUAUUGAUAACUCUGCCCGUAUUAAACAUCACAAAAUCCAUACGGGAGAGAAGCCCUAUAAAUGCCUCGACUGUGGGAAAAGUUUCAGUCGGAGAUCAACCCAUGUUCGACAUCAGAGAAUCCACACAGGAGAGAAAUCUUUGAAACGUGCAGACUGGCAAAGAGCCGGUGACCUUCGAGGAGGUGGCUGUGUAUUUCACCCAGGGCCGGGGGCUCUGCUGGACCCCGCUCAGAGAGCCCUCUACAGGGACGUCAUGCAGGAGAAUUACGAGAUGGUGAGCUCGCUGGGGGGUGCUGGGAUGGUGAAUGAGAAUCCACAGCGGGAAGGUGGUGAGGACGUGGAUCUGCAAGGAACGGUAUUGGGAAGAUCCGAGGGGGAUUUUUAUGAGAAUCGUGAACCAGGAAAAGCCUGUGGAAAUCAGCGUAGGUCGGAGAGGCUGCUGGGAUAUGACCCAGGGAAGAAAAUGUGUGAACCCAUAAAUCAUGGUGGAGAUUGCAAGGAUCUCAAGGAAACCACAGCCCAGCAGAGAAUCCCCACAGAAGAGAGAAAAAACACAUGCACCGAGUGUGGGAAAAGCUUCAGUCGAAGUUCACAUCUUAUUUCCCAUCAGAGGAUCCACACGGGAGAGAAACCCUACAAGUGCCUAGUCUGUGGGAAAGGUUUCAAUCAGAGCUCAAAUCUUAUUUCCCAUCAGAGGAUCCACACAGGAGAGAAACCCUAUAAGUGUCUUAAUUGUGGGAAAGGUUUCAAUCAAAGUUGCCAUCUUAUUAGGCAUGAGAGAACCCACACAGGUGAGAAACCCUAUAAAUGCCUGGAAUGCGGGAAAAGCUUCAUUCAGAGCUCAGAUCUUAUUUCUCAUCAGAGAACCCACACGGGAGAAAGACCCUAUAAAUGCCUGGACUGUGGGGAAAGUUUUGAUUGGAACAUGCAGCUUGUUAGACAUCAGAUGCACCAUACAGGCGAGAAACCUUACAAAUGCCUGGAUUGUGGGAAGGGGUUUAGUGACAGUUCAGCCCUUAUUACUCACCAGCGACUGCACACAGGAGAGAGACCCUAUAAAUGCCUCGAUUGUGGGAGAAGAUUCAAUCGGAGCUCACACCUGACUCGACACAAGAGAACCCAUUCUGGAGACAAACCCUAUAAAUGCCUGGAGUGUGGGAAAAGUUUCAGUCAGAGCUCAUACCUUAUUUCACAUCAGCGAACACAUACAGGAGAGAAACCCUAUAAAUGCCUCGAGUGUGGGAAAAGAUUCAGUUGGAGCUCCGAUCUGAUUUCACAUCAAAGAACUCACACAGGAGAGAGACCUUAUAAGUGCCUGGAGUGUGGGAAAAGUUUUAGUGACAACUCAGCCCUUAUUAAACAUCAGAGAAUCCAUACAGGAGAGAGACCCUAUAAAUGCCUCGACUGUGGGAAAACUUUCAAUCAGAGCUCCACCCAUAUUCGACAUCAGAGAAUCCACACGGGAGAAAAACCUUGAAUGUGGGAGAAGCUUCAGUUGGGGUCAGCACGUAUGGGGCAUCAGCAAAUCUAUACAGGGAAAAGACCUCUUAAAUAUCUUAAGCAUGGACAUUGUUUCAAGUGGAACUGACACUGGAGACUCCACACAGAAGAGAAAUUCUAUCAGUUCCAUCACUAGGACUGGCCUUAGUUUACUAAAAAAAAAAAAAAUCCAAUUCCCCUGCACACGUCUUUGUCGUCUUUCGUGCUAAGUCAGACUCUUGAGGGCUGGAGAUGAAAAUGUCUCAGACCUGGAGGGGGGAUUUGUAUAAAUUCCAAACACAGCCUGAUACCUCCGAGCUUCAAUCCCUGGUUCCAUCUCUUGGUAAAGCUGCUUCUGGGCUGUUUCCUACCCAGCUCAAAUUGCAGAAGGGAAUUUGGGUUUUCUCCUUUCAUUAGGAUGAUGUUAAAACUUUUGUAAAUAACGUGAUCAUAUAAGAAGGCUCGAAAUGAGGCAGGUUUAGGCAGUUUAGGGGAGACCAGGGGUUUACCGUCCUCUGGCUCAUAUUAACCUGAGCUUCCUGCUCUCAGGGCAUUUGCUCCCCUGGCUGGAUCCUGGAGUCUCUCAUGGAUUCACUGCGCUUUUUUUACCUGUUGUCAACUGUUGCUCUUUUGUCGGUGUCUGCGGGAGCUGGGAGCAGAUGUGCUGGGUGGAUGCUGGACUGAUAGAGACUAACAAAUUUAUUUGGGCAUAAGCUUUCGUGGGCUAAAACCCACUUCAUCGGAUGCAUUCAUUAAAGAAUUAUUGUCUGGCCCCGCCCAUUGUCUCAUGCCCCCUAUAAUUUCCCACGACAAUGAGAAUUUAAAUAAAUUAAAGUAAAAUAAAGCUUUAAACCCCAUAAUUUUGCACAACUGGGAACAUUGACAUUGGUAAAAAAAUAAUAAAAAAUGAUUUAAAAUAAAUAUCCAGCAAAAUUAUUAAAAAAAUCAAAUUCCUCCAAGCAUAUCUAUUUAUAUACCCCUCCUCCUCUCUGCCCUAGUUUCUUUAACUAAUUCCCCCUUUCUGCAAACAUGAGAGCGCAUGCUUUUCAUCAAUUACUUCAUUAGUCAUUUUACUACUGACUUGCUUAUAUUUCUGGAUUGGCUAUCUUACGUUCAUGGCCCACUUGUAAGUUAUAUUUCCAUUAGCACAUUUCCACAACGUUAAUAGCUCUCAAAGCCAGAAGGGACCAUUAGAUCAUCUAGUCGGAUCUAUAACAGAGUUCAAAGAGUUUCACCCAGUUUUAUCUCUUUAUUGAGCCCAGUCACUUGUAUUUGUCUAAGGUUCAGAAUAGUGUCCAGCCAUGAUCUGAAGACAGCUUGCUCCACUGACACUAAACUGGGAGGAGAGGUAGAUACGCUGGAGGGUAGGGAUAGGAUACAGAGGGCCCUAGACAAAUUAGAGGUUUGGGCCAAAAGAAAUCUCAUGAGGUUCAACAAGGACAAGUACAGAG